AUUACCGUUGUACAACUUCUCUUAUUCCUUCCCCCAAUCCGCAGCAAUAAUUCCGCCAUAUCGGAAUCUCUAAGCUUCAGAAGAAAAUGGUUGUUCCUUUUUGAAGACGAUUCGAACAGGAACCCCGAAAUCUCGGGAAACCCAGCCAAAAAACGACUAGAAAUCAUGGAAAAUGGACAGAAAGAUGAGAGUUUGUUCAGUCCGGGGUUCCGAUCAGUCGCCGCCAUGGCUGGUUGGGACGAAGAGGCGCUCUUGAUCGCAAGCCUCAUCGUCGAAGACACCCCCGAUCGACAGUUCAAGCAGAAGAAGAGAUCCGAUUUGCACAGUUUGAAAACCCCACCAACAAAUUCAAGAAGAAAACGGAGGGCUCAGAGACAAAGUCCUAUACCUGUUACCGUUCUUGAUCUUGAUGAAGAUGAGCCUAUACCUGUUACCGUUCUUGAUCUUGAUGAAGAUGAGCCAAAACCAAAACAAGAGAGUGAGUCAACAAGUAAAGAGGGCACAGGCAUUGCAGAAGUAGAGAAGCAUAGUAGUAGGGUAGAAGAUGAGGAAGUGAAUGCAAAGAGCAGUGGUGUUUCCAGCUCGACCCCUUCGAUUCCAUGCCUUGAUCGCCUCCGGGAGGAGCUCUCUUGUGCUAUUUGUCUCGAGAUAUGUUAUGAACCGAGUACCACGCCUUGUGGACACAGUUUUUGUAAGAAAUGUUUGAGCUCCGCGGCUGAUAGAUGCGGGAGGAAGUGCCCCAAGUGCAGGCAGAUCAUUAGCACCGGGAAGUAUUGCAAAGUGAACACGGUGCUAUGGAACACGGUUCAGCUGCUGUUUCCGCAGGAGGUAGAGGCAAGAAAGGCAGCUGAUUCUGCCUCAGAGAGCGGCGAACAUCCUCAAUCAAGAACGAGGAACCAUCAUAUCACGCGAAGCAGAGCUGUUGAGGACUUGCGUAGUCUAGAGUCGUCUAGCCAUGGCAAUGGUGCGGAGAGGAGAAGAAACCAUGAACGCGAACGCACCAGAAGCCGGCCUCAGUCGGGCAGAGGAGACACUACAAGAACGGAAUUGGCUAGCCAAGAUAGGGAUGCUGCACUGGCUUUGAGGCUGCAGAGGGAAGAAUUUAUGGAGGCAUUUUCGAUGCCGGACGACCGGAGAAGCUCACUUGCACCUGCAACUGCAAGAGCUAAUUUGAGGGCUAUGGCUUCGAGGGCCAUUAACAUUCGGAUAGGCAGGGGACGAAGAGACUAAAUGAAUAACAUUAGACAUCUUUUUUUAUUCGAGUAAGAAAUCUGUUUUUGCAUUGUUAUCGUGUUGUCAUUUGUGAAUCUCCAAUACAAUACACAAGUUAUAAC